UGAAAAAAUGCAAUAAUGUUAGAAAAAUAAUGGAUUCAAGGUGUAACAAAAUGAUGAGUUCGUGACGGGAGUGUCUUGUUUUUAAUUGUUAUGUAUGAUUCAAUUCUUGACAUUUUUCCUGCAAAGAAAAACUCGACCCUGAACUACAUUUAAGGGCUUUUCGACACACAAGAAGCAUUCUAAUGUUUACAACUUAAAAUUUAAAUGAAUGAAUGGAACGUUUUAAAAUAAUUGUGUUCCAUAACAAGUGGGUUAUUAUUGCUUUGGCAGAGGACUUGGUGGAAGAGUUAUGAUAUGCGCGCAGGUUGAAUGCAUGCAUAUUUUGUGUUGAUUCAAAAUACAGGAAAUAAGCGACAGUAAAUUCAGAUCAAGGGACAAGGAGUUAUGUUGAAACGAUUAAGUCAUGGCCAUUAAUUUCGAUAGGUGGACCAUUUUGAAAUUACUUGAAGUGGCAUCUACAAUAGCCUGCCUUGUCUUCAAACGCGUAACAGAUGACGAAGCAUCCCGCCUCCAACUCUACCUCCAAAAACUUUCCCGCGAAUGGAGAAUUUUAAACAACGUAACUUGGGACAACGUUGGGGCUGCUGUCGCAGACACCACUUAUGGUGGUUACUUAAUUAUAACCACAGCUUUGUUCAUCGGGCGAUUAACCGGAGAAUUGCCCACCAAAAAUAGGAUAACUGAGUUCGUAUUACUCGGAGUGGGUGCUUUAUUGUUUAUUAUUUUAGGUAGUUUAGAGUUCGCGGCAUUGGACUCAGUUCCGGAAGACUUGGUGGACAAUGCAGCCAUCAUUGGAACUUUAACUUUGGUCACUGCUGCUUUGUUUCUGCUAGAUAUGGGUGGACCUAAAGCGAAAAAGAAUAAUCAACACUCGCAAACCCCUCCUAGGUCUGUUAGUAAACCCCAAGAGACAAAAACCACAACGCAGCAAGUGUACGAAAUUGAGAAAGAUCUAGAAAAUGAAAAGAAACAGAUGAAGGGGUUGGAGAGUGAGAAAGAGACGACGAAAAAUGGACAUUUGGGUAAUGGAUUUAAGUUAGGGGAUUCGAAUGGACGAUAUAGAGAUAGCAUGUAUAAGAAGAUUAAAGACGAAAAGUCUAAAUCGUUUGAUAUUUACGGCAAAGAUAUGCACAAGGACAGCGAUACUGAUGAGCCUGAUGAUAUCCCUCCUAAAAUGGAGGAGCACUCCCCUGUUUGGAGUAAAAUCAGAAAGGGACAGUAUGGCAAAUACGAUAUUUUGUCCCCUUCUUAUCUCUAUAAAGAAAAACCCGAAUCAGAAACGGACAGACCUCCCAGUAGUCCUGGCGAUCCAGGAUACGUUCAAUACACGGCCCAACACUGGGGUGAAACCGUUCAAAAAACACCAAGGCAUAGUCCGACGCAGGUGUAAAGUCGAAUGUGUUCCUUGUUUUUAAUUUGUGUGAAGUUGGUUGUAAUUUUUAUUAAUAUAUUCGACUUGUUUUUAUUUA